AUGGACCCCCAACCGUCUGCCCUCCCACUGCAGCUGCAUGGCAACAGUUUUGCUAUGAGCUCUGGACAAGUGCCAACACUAAGUGCUGGAUACAAUGAAGGAGGAGGAGGCCAAGAUGCUGGUCUUCAUCAGCAAACCAUGACCUCCUCUGCUCGUGUCAGUUGCAGGUUGAACCCAGGUGAACAGUUUGGGUGCCCACUGGAGCCUCUGGUUCACUGCCAUGCCAAGGGCAGGCUUGACAUGAAGAGCAGGAGCUGCAGUUUACUCACCAUCUGCCGCUCAGGAGUUAUCUUUCCCUGGAUGAAUCAACGGACAGCUGACUCUGAACAAUCUGUCAGUGGCAAUGUGGCGGUGGGUCUGACAGGCGGAGGAAGGCUGGGUGCCAGGAGGGAAAGAACGGCGUUCACCAACAGCCAGCUGCUGGAGCUGGAGAAGGAGUUCCACUUCAGUCCCUACCUGUGUCGUCCUCGGAGGCUGGAGAUGGCCGCCGGGCUGCAGCUCACCGAUCGGCAAGUCAAGAUCUGGUUUCAGAACCGCAGGAUGAGGUACAAGAAGGAGCACAAGGAUGGAGAGGUGACAUGUUCCUCACAGGGGUCUCCCUGCAAGCCUUCCUUCAGCUCGAGCUCAGGUGGGGAUCACUUGGGGUUUCCGGGUGCAUGUGUUGUAAGAACUUCCUCCUCCUCAGACCUGCACUUCAUGGAUCACGCUCCUACGUCCUCCUCUCUUUAUGGCCCUUACAGUGAGGUCGGCAGUGGUCAGUGUGUUCAACCUGCAUACCUGUCCCAUCAAUGCGGCAUACUUCCAUCUGUUGCAAAUGGUCCACCUCCUUCCUGUACAGCCGUAGAUAGUCAUCACUAUGCUGGCAUUUUAAACUGGCCCUAGGGCCCCAUAAUGGCCAUCCCUCCUGUGCUCAUCCAAAUCUCAAUGAUAUAUCCACUUUCACUUACUUAUGAAAGACUGCGGUAUGUCUUAUUAGCAUCCCCGGGUUGAAAUCCCCUUAACGUUCGCCAUUCAUGAAACAUUUUAAUUAAACUAUGAACAUAUCUUAAUUAAAGCAGAGCUACAGUGAUAUCAUUUGUGUUUCUCAGGCGUGGAAGACUGCAGGUUAAACUUGCUGCUCGUAUUGUACGUACACUGCAUGAACAAGACAUUCAAGCUAUUUCAAAUGACACCCUUUGCUGUAAUUUUGUCAUUGUUUCAUUUAUAUUGUUGUUGCAUGUUAAACGCAUGUGUGAAUCAUAUUAACAGUAUUUUUUUUCUAUUUCCUUCUGUUGUCAGAGAAUAGCUAAGUGGUUGUCAUAUUUUCUAAGUGUCACAUUUGGCCCCUGUUUUAUUAUCUACUGUUAAUAGCAGGUAAUUUGUGUAAAAUGUUUUAACUGUGAUAAAAUGUUCACAUCGACCAAUGUUAUAUUUUUGUUAAAGUCAUUAAAGGAUACAGCAAGUC